GGUUAACUUAUCGGUACAUCAAAGCGGUCCAAGUAUCACAUUCCCAGAUCGUAUAAGCCCUGAACAGGAUGCAGAACAAUUACAUAAUGCUUGUAAAGGAUUCGGUACUGAUGAAGCUACUAUUAAUAAAAUCUUGGGACAUCGAAGUCAACGACAACGUCAUGAAAUACGUGAAGCAUAUCAAAGACGCUAUAGAAAGGAUUUAGUCAGUGUGUUGGCUUCUUCAACUAAAGGAGAUUAUGAAAGUCUUAUCAAAACAUUGUUUCGUGGAAAUUUACAAAUAUUGGCUUAUGAUUUAUAUAAAGGCAUGAAAGGACAUGGUACUAAUACAGAUGUUCUGAAUGAAAUUAUCUGCUGUUGUAAUAAUGAUGAAAUACAUAUGCUGAAAAGGGCUUAUCAUGAUAUCCUCUUGGAAGAAGAACCUAAAAAGGCUGAUACACGUUCCCUUGAAAAUGAUGUCAUCAAAGAGACGAAACCACCAUAUGAAACUUUAUUAACAACUUUGCUACAAGGUAGACGUGAUGAAGAUCCACCGGAAUUAGUUGAAGAAGCCCUAAGAACUAGAAGUACUUCAAGAUUGGUUAGUCGAAGUCAAGUUGAAAGAGAUGUUGAAGAUUUAUAUUUUGCUGGAGAGAAGCGAUCUGGCAAAGGGGAUCAUGAAACAUUCAUUAAAAUAUUAACAAGACGCAGUAAAUAUCACGUGAAAGAAAUUUGGGAUCUGUAUUUAUCAGAUUUAGUCAGUGUGUUGGCUUCUUCAACUAAAGGAGAUUAUGAAAGUCUUAUUAAAACACUGUUUCGUGGAAAUUUACAAAUAUUGGCUUAUGAUUUAUAUAAAGGCAUGAAAGGACAUGGUACAAAUACAGAUGUACUCAAUGAAAUUAUCUGCUGUUGUAAUAAUGAUGAAAUACAUAUGCUGAAAAGGGCUUAUCAUGACAUCCUUCUGGAAGAAGAACCUAAAAAGGCUGAUACACGUUCACUUGAAAAUGAUGUCAUCAAAGAGACGAAACCACCAUAUGAAACUUUAUUAACAACUUUGCUACAAGGUAGACGUGAUGAAGAUCCACCGGAAUUAGUUGAAGAAGCCCUAAGAACUAGAAGUACUUCAAGAUUAGUUAGUCGAAGUCAAGUUGAACGAGAUGUUGAAGAUUUAUAUUUUGCUGGAGAGAAGCGAUCUGGCAAAGGGGAUCAUGAUACAUUCAUUAAAAUAUUAACAAGACGCAGUAAAUAUCACGUGAAAGAAAUUUGGGAUCUGUAUUUAUCAAGAUAUCACUGUACAUUAGUUGAGACGAUAUCGAAAAAAUUCUCAGAACCAUUGAGAUCUGGUCUGAACACAAUGAUUAUGGCGCUUAAAGAUUUACGUCUUUUACUGGUAUGUCAGCUAUAUGACAGUAUGUAUGGACUAGGCACACGAGAAGAUACACUGAUACGUAUUAUCUGUCUACGUUGUGAGCUUGACAUGAACACGCUGAAGUCAAUGUAUCGUGAAUUCUUUGGAAAGCCAUUGAUUGAAGCUGUAAGAGAAGAUACUUCUGGAGAUUUUCGUAAAUUACUUCUUACAUUACUUGGCGAAUAA